UGAACGUCUCCUUGUGCUUUAUUUAAUGAUUUCAAUCAAACUAAUCUUAAUUUUGACACUAUUAGAAAAAAUACGGCCAUUAUUACUAACCCUCGAUAAAAAUGAACUACGCCGAAGAAGAUCGGAAAAGAUUUGACGCUGCUUUUACUAGAAUAGUUGAUGAUGUUGUCUCUAAUGAAGGCCACGAUAAGGAAAUUAAGGAUGCUGUCUUGAAACUACGACAGGUCCUGGAGUACAAUGUACCAGGAGGGAAAAGGAACCGUGGUCUGUCAGUAAUAGGCUCGAUUAGACAUUUAUUAAAUGAAGAGGAUGUUACUGAAGAUGUAAUCAAUAUUGCAAUACUUUUAGGCUGGUGUGUGGAAUGGUUCCAGGCAUUUUUCCUGGUAGCUGAUGAUAUUAUGGACCAGUCACUGACCAGGCGAGGGCAACCAUGUUGGUACAAAAAGCCUGAUGUUGGAUUGAUUGCUGUCAAUGAUUGUAUUAUGAUGGAGCAAACUGUUUUUGAUCUUCUUAAAAAACAUAUCAGACACAAAGACUAUUAUCUUGAUGUUGUAGAGCUCUUCCAUGAGGUUGCAUAUCUUACUUCACUUGGUCAAUCAAUGGAUUUAAUCACCAAACCUGGUAAAGCUUUUGAAAAUUUCACUCUGGACAGAUAUAAAACUAUUGUAAAAUACAAAACAGCUUUCUACUCCUUCUACCUUCCUGUUGCACUAGCAUUGUACAUGGCUGGUAUUACUGACAAGGAAACACAUGAAAACGCCAAGACAAUUUUAUUGGAAAUGGGAGAGUUUUUCCAAAUUCAGGAUGAUUUUCUGGACGCAUUUGGGGACCCAGCCAUUACUGGAAAAGUUGGUACUGAUAUUGAAGAAAAUAAGUGUACCUGGUUGAUUGUAAAGGCAUUAGAAAAAGCUACUCCACAGCAACUUAGUGUGAUUAAGGAAAACUAUGGUAUCAAUGACAAGGAAGCAUCCUCUAAGGUAAAAGACAUUUACAAGGAUCUUAAUCUGGAAAAGGUGUUCCGUGACUAUGAAGAAACCAGCCAUGAGAGAAUGAUACAACUAAUAUUAGAAAAAUCACAAAAGAUUCCAAAAGCAGUGUUUUUGGAAUUUGUUCAAAAAAUAUACAAGCGCAAGAAGUAAAAUACAUGAUAUUUAAAAUUUGAUAAAAAAAUUGAUAACAAUGUGAAGUGUCCUUGAAUAUACGUACUGCGAAAUUGUAAUUUGCAGUGAUAAGGGUCCUCUUUGAAGUAAAGUUCAAUACAGUAACUAGACAGUAGACAAAGUAAAAAAUGCAGUGCUUUCUCCAAAAAAGAGAUCUUAUUACUUUUGAACGAGAAGACAGUCAAAGGUUAACAGCUCCCAGUAAACAUGGCUUGAGUCCACUCUUGGACAAGGUAAUGGCAACAUUUUAUAAAUUAUUUAAUUUUUUAAUUAUAGGAAAUAAUUAAAUUGUGAGCAAAGAAUUGUAUAAUAAU